AAGGGGCGGGGCGGCCCUUCUUCCUUUCGGGUCACGUGCGGCCGGAAGUGGCGGCUGCUGCACAAACUCAGAGAUGGGGACCUCUCUGGACAUCAAGAUUAAAAGAGCGAAUAAAGUGUAUCACGCUGGGGAAAUGCUCUCUGGCGUGGUGGUCAUCUCCAGUAAGGACUCCGUCCAGCACCAAGGAGUGUCCCUGACAAUGGAGGGAACUGUGAACCUCCAGCUGAGUGCCAAGAGUGUGGGCGUGUUCGAAGCUUUCUACAACUCCGUGAAGCCGAUCCAGAUUAUCAACAGCACCAUAGAAAUGGUGAAGCCAGGAAAGUUCCCCAGUGGCAAGACAGAAAUUCCCUUCGAAUUUCCUCUGCACGUGAAGGGCAACAAAGUCCUCUAUGAGACUUACCAUGGCGUGUUUGUCAACAUCCAGUACACGCUGCGCUGUGACAUGAGGCGUUCACUGUUGGCCAAAGACUUGACGAAGACCUGCGAGUUCAUCGUACACUCUGCCCCACAGAAGGGGAAGCUGACCCCGAGUCCUGUGGAUUUCACGAUCACGCCGGAGACCUUACAGAAUGUGAAGGAGAGAGCGCUGCUGCCCAAAUUCCUCAUUAGAGGCCACCUCAACUCCACCAACUGCAUGAUCACACAGCCGCUGACAGGCGAGCUGGUGGUGGAGCAUUCGGAUGCCGCCAUCCGGAGCAUCGAGCUGCAGCUGGUCCGCGUGGAGACCUGCGGGUGCGCAGAAGGCUACGCCCGCGAUGCCACAGAGAUUCAGAACAUUCAGAUCGCCGAUGGCGACGUCUGCCGGGGCCUCUCGGUCCCCAUACACAUGGUCUUCCCCAGGCUGUUCACCUGCCCCACGCUGGAGACCACCAACUUCAAAGUGGAGUUCGAGGUGAACAUCGUUGUGCUGCUCCAGGCCGAUCACCUCAUCACCGAGAACUUCCCGCUGAAGCUGUGCCGCACGUAGCCGGGGACAGGGACCGUGCCGCGCACUCAUGAUCGAUCCGGCCUCCUUUUCCUGCCAGCGCCACCGCCCAGACCUUUCUGUGGGUGCAGCGCAUUCUGAGUGCUGGCUUUAGGACCACAGAAAACAUCUGUGCUGGCUCCCGAGUUCCCAGCAGAGCAGUUGUACCUGCACUUUGAGCUUUGCAGCACAGUGACGUCCUGGGGACAGGAGGAGCCGCUCUCUGGGUGCUGGGGGACGGCCUGGCACUUGGGCAGGGGGUGCGUGGAUGCCCGCUGUCUGCUCCCCCGGGCGGCCUGCCAGCUGCACCCACUGCAAGUGUGGAGCCUUUCUCCUCUUCUCGAGCUGCGUGACAUUUUCCACUGUAACUUCCGGUUUUUUAGGGGCCUGUACAGCAUUCUGUGCUCGCAGGACAGAGGGUUUGGCCCUGUGGUGGAGCUGCACGUGUGUGGCCUCCAGAGCUGGCACGCGCCAUCCUGCUGCCAUCUCCCCAGAUAGGAGGGAAACUGUGUUUCCACUCUGGUUCCUGGGUGUACAGCGCAGUGGUGCGGGUCCAUCUCCACGGGAGGGGCCGGGGCAGUGCCUGACCACCCUAGGGACGGUGUCCCCGGCCUCUGGUGUGGCCCCGGUGUACAGUCGGUCGCAGCACUCUCCUCCUUGGGCCCUGCCGCUGCUGGCCCGCAGUGAGUGCCGAGCAAACCAUGUGCCUGCCGGGCACGCCAGCCUGUCCUCCACGGGCACAGGGCUGGUUGGGCGGAUGUCUCGGCUGCCCCCAGCCCCCUGAGACC